CAGGAGAGCUCUGAUCCCCCUGUUGAUCAACCUCCCCAGUCCCCAUCAUCACCUCAUUCCAGAGGAAAGCAUAUUGUAAGUAAAAAGUUCAAUGGAACCUUUAUUUGGUAUAAAAGAACCUUUGAUUUAUUUAAUGUUCUUAUAUUCAUUAAUUUAUUGAUUUUAUUUUCACCUUCAUUUGCCAAAGGAUGAUGUAAAAGUGUCCUUCAGCAAGUGGUGGUCGUUAAUUUUCCUUAGGAUAACCUAAAUUAUCAAUGAGUGCAACAACAGUCAUCGAGGCUAAUAAGAAUGAAUAAUGUAGACAGUUAACCUGUUUAACAAUCAAUUAAGACAGUGGUUAAGAAGUUCAAUCAACAUGGACUGAUCAUUGAUUUAUGAUUAAAUGAUUUUGUUCUUGAUUAGAAAUCUCACCGGUUCAAAUGGCCACGAAAGUCUUCAGCAGUAACAGCAACAACAGAGGACAUUGAGAAAGGUAAAUUGUAAUGUAACUAUCUUUGUGGUGAAAAAAUGAUUUAAAAGUGUUUUAACCCUUUAACUUAAAUAUCUGAAUGUUAAUUCUCCCCACUAGCUGCUACACAUUUCUUUGUAAAUUAGUUAUGAGUAUUUGGUUAAAUCAAGGUAAAAAGUUCUACCAGAUGAGUUUGAGAAUUGUCACUACCUGUUUGCUGCAUAAUGUGUGAAUAUUACAGGGAGAAGUAACAUGUUAAAUAGGGUUAAGCUGAAGAAAGAGUUAUUUGCAAUUAUUUUGCAUUUGUAGACUCAGUAUAAACCUUGCCGUGAGUGAACAUUAGUUGAUGUUCUAUCAUGGGAAGUAAUCAAGGAAUUUUCUGUGAAUGUUUACUUAUCUACCAAACAUAAAACUAAAGAUUCAAAUUAUCAACCAUUUAACCUCUUCACAGAGCCUGUUCAGGAGAGCUCUGAUCCCCCUGUUGAUCAACCUCCCCAGUCCCCAUCAUCACCUCAUUCCAGAGGAAAGCAUAUUGUAAGUAAAAAGUUCAAUGGAACCUUUAUUUGGUAUAAAAGAACCUUUGAUUUAUUUAAUGUUCUUAUAUUCAUUAAUUUAUUGAUUUUAUUUUCACCUUCAUUUGCCAAAGGAUGAUGUAAGAGUGUCCUUCAGCAAGUGGUGGUUGUUAAUUUUCCUUAGGAUAGCCUAAAUUAUCAAUGGGUGCAACAACAGUCACCCGAGGCUAAUGAGAAUGAAUAAUGUAGACAUUUAACUUGUUUAACAAUCAAUUACGACUGUGGUUAAGAAGUUCAAUUAACAUGGGCUGGUCAUUGAUUUAUGAUUGAAUGAUUUUGUUCUUGAUAAGAAAUCCCACCAGUUCAAAUGGCCACAAAAGUCUUCAGCAGUAAGGGUAACAACAGAGGACAUUGAGAAAGGUAAAUUAUAAUGUAACUAUCUUUGUGGUGCAAAAAUGAUUUAAAAGUGUUUUAACCCUUUAACUUAAAUAUCUGAAUGUUAAUUCUCCCCACUAGCUGCUACACAUUUCCUUGUAAAUUAGUUAUGAGUAUAAAACUAAACAUUAAAAUUGUCAACCAUUUGACCUCAUCACAGAGCCUGUUCAGGAGAGCUCUGACCCCCCUGUUUAUCAACCUCCCCAAUCCCCAUCAUCAGCGGAGCCUACUAAGAAGAAUAAUGUAAGUAGAAAGUUCAGUGGAACUUGUCUUUGGUAUAAAAGAACCUUUGAUUUAUUGAAUGUUCAUAUAUUCAUUCAUUGAAUUAAUUUUAUUUUCACCUUCAUUUGCCAAAGGAUGACAUAAGUCAGUGUCCUUUGGCAAGUGGUGGUCAUUGAUUUUCCUGAGGAUAACCUAAAUUAUCAGUAGGCGCAUUAACAGUCACCCAAGACUAAUGAGAAGGAAAAUGUAUAAUACAGAAUAAAUAAUGUAGACAGUUAACCUGUUUAACAAUCAAUUAAGACAGUGGUUAAGAAGUUCAAUCAACAUGAGCUGAUCAUUGAUUAAUGAUUGAAUGAUUUUAUUCUUGAAUAGAAAUCCCGCAGGUUCAAAUGGCGACGAAAGUCUUCAGCAGUAAGGGCAACAGCAGAGGACAUUGGGAAAGGUAACUUGUAAUGUAUCUUUAUUUGUGGUGAAAAAGCUAAGGCAAUAACAUUCCAUCAUGCUCAGGGUUUUACUGACAGUAAGCUCCCAUAUCUGAUGAGUAUUUUCCUAUGAAUGAUAGAUAAAAUACCUUAAGUUAAAAGGUUUUUUCUUAUGUUAACCAUUCUGUAUUGCAUGAGAUUUCAACUGCAAGGUCUGUGAAAAGAGUUGGGUUGAGAUAAUUAAUGUAUGAUUAAUUUAAGGAUUUCUUCUGAUUAAUUAACUACAGUUGAAUUAAAAAGGAAAUGUCACUAUUAAAUAAAAAAUUUUCAAACCAUGCAGACUCACAGGUUGGAGCACAUGGCAUUACUUUUGAUGAAUCACAUCCUUCAUGUGAAGAGUAUUUGGGUUUUUUCACAAAAAGCGGUGAGUGAUUGAAAUCACAUUAGGCUGGAGUUUUUGGUUCAUGUAGUUUAAGAAAAUAAGUCUUGAUAGUGGUAUGAUAAUCUUUUCUGAAAGGAGUUUUAAAUAUUUCUUUAUUCAGAUCAUUGUGAUCAGGCAGGCAAUGAUGUUUUCCUUUUGAACACUGGGAAGGUAUCAAAACUGUUCCAAAGGUCAGAAUCAAAGACGCUUGCUGACAAUCUCUGCUCGUAAGUGAGAGUAUUUCUUUACUUCUAUGUUAAUGACUAAACUAUGUUCAUUUCUAUGUUAUCCAAAAGAAAACUUUUUAAGUUGAUAAUUAGAUGCACGCUGUGCUCAGGAUAUUUGGGAUCCAGUUGAAAGUGCAGUGUAGGUACUCACAUGAUGGUUAUAUACAAUUCAAUCAUUCCCUAUCGUGCAAAAUGCAGUGGAAUUGAAGUAAAUUUUUUGUUUCUUGCAAUACAAGAUUUUACAUCUUGUAUUACCAAACUGGGUUUAAAUCAUCUUUGUUUGAUCCCUGAAUUCAGAAAUGUAGAAGAGUACAUCAAGAAAAAUCUUGUCACUGACAAAUUCACAGUUGUUAUCCAUGGAGAGGAUGAUGGUGCAAAGCUUUGUUCACUAUAACGAUAAUGUGGGUUAAUCAUCUUUGUUUGAUCUUUGAAUUCAGAAAUGUAGAAGAAUUUGUGCGCAAAAAUCUGGUGACAGACAAAUUCACAGUCAUUAUUCAUGGAGAGGACGAUGGCGCGAAAUUGUGCUCCCUUUAUUUGGCAAAGAAAUUUUACCGAUUAUUAAAGACCAGGUAAGAGAAGUUUGUACUGAUGGAGACAUAUACCUACUUCAAAUAUUAGCAACCAAAUCAACAAAGUCAGAGGUCAGAUGAUAAAUCUGGUGAAUUAUACUGGUACUGGUAACAAGCAUCUUAUGAUGCUGAUAACUUUGCACAUCAGUGGAUGUUUUACAAUUAUUUUGCUUAUAGAGUACAAGAUAUUGUUUUAUCUGACAGAUUUUAGUAAUGAUAUAAAUUAAACUGUAAUGUUUCUUUUAUUGCUUUUUUUCUGCAGGUUCUUUGAAGGAUUGAACUUUUGCAUCAUUUUAAAGGCAAAACUCUCCCUAAAAGCAGUCUUCAAGCUUGCCAAACCAUUCAUCCCGUGUGUAUAAGAAACAAAUAGUUUAUUUUAUAGCUGAAAAAUAUGAUAGUGCUUGAUUUUUGAUAUUCUUGUCAAAUUAAAAGCCAUUGACAUUAAAAAAUGCAAUCAGAAAAAAGGCAGAGAGUCUGUUAGAAAGAGAUUAUCUGGUUUCAUUAACUGAGUUGAUAAUGUAAAUUGGCCAUGCACUGUAAAGAAUUUCUAACGCUGUUUCCUUGUAGUCCUUCGUAAGAACAAAAGAAGGAGUCUAUUAGAACUGAAAGAUAAAGCAUGACUGUGAACUGCCUAUAGAAGGGUUAAAUGAGAUUAACCAAGUUGUAAUAAAUUCAUGUUAUAUAGUCAUGUGAAUGGCUGACAGGCUCAAAUUUCCAUAGAGUGUAUGCUAAGAUUGUAUGAAUGUGAAAAAUAUUUUUGGUAUUAGACAAUGGAAGUUUGUGUUUUCAAGUAACAGCAAGAUUAAAAGGAAAUUUUCAUGAAAAACAUCUGCUAAAGUGGCAAGUUGUAAAGUUUUACCAUAAUGCAUGUCAUUUGCUGACAGUGUUCAUCUUUUUUUAGGAACAAUGUGAAGCAAAAGAUUUCUAUGGUAAAUGAUGUUGGUGAACUUGUUGUGUUUCAUGGUAAGAACUUCACUGAAAGUUGUAUGAAGUAUGUGCUAGAAAAGAAUAUAAAUGCAUUUUUUUAGCAUUUUCAAAUAAUGAAAUGAGAUAGGGAUGAAGGUUAAGCUUGAUGUUGUGAUGUACUGGAUUGUAUUACAUUCUGUGACAUUUAAUUAGUAGGUACAAAUUAUGACAGGUGUAAUUGAAAGUCAAAGUGAAGAAGAAGUGAAAACAAUUUUAGAUUCAAAACUCCUUGGAAAGCUUAUUGUUAUAUUAGCAUUUAAUGUGUUAAGUCAUGAGUGUUUGUCAGUUGAUUUCCUUUUUGUUUUGUUCUAGGUAUACCAGAGACGCUUCUCCAGUAUACAUGCUAGUUACUACAGAUACCAUGUUAGGGUUGGGGGGGGAACGUUUCAUAUUGUCUUUUCUUUGUUUAUAUUUUGUAAACAGAGAUUCGAGUUCUGUCAGAUUUUUCAAUACUUCAGUAUACCAUGUCAGGGAUGGGGGGGAAAGUUUCUUAUCGUCUUUCAUUUCAUGUAUCAAGAUUAUUCUAAAAUAUUCUGCAUACCAAUGUUGCAUGCCGCCCAUGGCAGAUUAGUUGUCAAGCUGUUGCACAGUGAUAACAAGAUCAUGUCAGUUUUACACAGUUUCUUCCAGCUAUGUCUCUGUUGUGAUCAGUAGGAAGCACUGAAAGCAAGAGCACUGAAGAUACAUUAAUAGGAAAUUUUUUAGGAUAUACAAAUUGUAGAAACAUUUUUUAGGGUUUUUUAAAUUUAAUAGUAUCUUCAAGAGAAUAAGUCAUGACUAAGGUUUAUUCUUUUUAACAUGAAGAAGUGCAUAAUGUAACUUCCAUCAAGAUCAAUUGUGUCUCCUAGUGUUACAUCACAAAGUGGCUGCAAAGUACAUUGCAUGCUUAUUUCUUGUAGAGACCCUUGAGAAUCUCUUUAAGAAGAGUAGCAUAACAACAGCUCUCUCUUUCUGUAGUAUUGAUAAUUUUAUUUAGUACCAAAUGUGACAGCAACCAAUGACUGUGCAUCAUGCAGACUGUUAAAUAGCUAAUCAUCAGAAAAUGGGCAUGAUUUUUUUAUAUAUGAAAAAAAGAAGUAAUUAUUGUAGAAUAUGCAUUCAGCUAGAGUUUUCAUAAGAACUUUGACAAGAAGUUGGACAUACACUUUGUAAACGUAGCAUAAUCAUGAAGGGUCCAAUUAAAAUGCAAGAUAAUUACUUCAAAUUUUGCCAGACUUCUUUCAAAGAUG